CAAACCAGAUGCAUUUUUAGGCUUCUAGUUUGUUACUGUCAUCUCAUUUAUGGUUAUAGGAGGAAUGUUUACUUCAACCCUGGUGUAAUGAAGAACGGUCAGGGAGUUCUCAAAAGCCUAUUCAGUUCCCUAACAUUUUAAACUCAGAACUUCAGCUGAGUCGAAGUUAGUAUAUGCUCCAGAAUUAGUACUUGUUCCCUACACAUUUUUUUUGGUGGUUGCCUAUGACGAAGUAAUGUGUUUUCAUCGUAAACUUUGACUGUUAUCCUGGGAAGCUGAACUUUUUUUUUGAUGCAUCAAGUUACCAUAUUUUCUAAAUUUUUCAUAAAGAUUAUUAAAACAAAAGCUGAAUUGGCCACGCUGAAAUCUAAGGGACCACGUGUUACAGAAGCUGAUAUGAAUUCAGUUGCAGAAGUUCACAGCAAAAUGAUUAGCGAAUGGAGAAGACGGAAACGUAUCGCAAUGAAUAUUAUCGACACUAUAGCUGAGGGAUACCCGUCAAGCAAGAAACAGUUGAUGGUUAGUUGUGGCAAUUUUUACGUUGAUUUUUACUGUAUCUUGAAUAUGCCAAACAUUUUUUUGUAUAGCGUUUUGGAUCAGUUACGCACAUGUAUAGGAAUACACCAAUCCUCUUAAGCGCUCAUUUUAGGUUAUAGUUCUAUUGUAUUGGAAGUAAGCACUUGAACUAUGAUAGAUCGUAGCGAUGGGUAUGAUGGGACACUUCACAAAAUUAUUUGUUGGUUUAUGUAAAUUUUGAUCAAGAUUUGACCGAAUAGUAUCGGAAAUAUUGGAUUCUGAUUAAAAUGUUGGCAUUAAAUUUAGUUUGUAUCUUUUUGAAAUGAAAUAAUUUUAACAUUUCGCUGGAAAGUCUGGUCUGAGCUUCAGGGAAAUAAUGAAAAACUAAAAUGUAUCUUUUCACUAUCUUCUUGCUACUAGACUCAAUUCAUUUUGAUCGUGCAUUCUAACUUGUAAUACACAAAGUAGGACGUGGUAUUCGAAUGUCAUUGAUUAGAAUAUUAAUUUGUUAUAAAAUGGGGUGAUAGAGGAAUAAUUGUUACCGAGUAUGUAAAUUUAUCAGUUAUUGAAUGACAAAAUACCCCUUAAAACCUUUCUCUAUGUUAUAAAUUGAUGGGCAUAGUUUCUUUUUCUGAUCAGAAAUAUUUUUAAAAAUUAUUUCCUUAUCUUAGUCUGAUAUAGGCAUUGAAACAGAUGAGGAAUGUGGAGUUAAAAUGCCGACUUGAAGUUCUGAGAUAAAGAUUUUAUUAUCGGGUCUCAAUUGCAUUUGCGUUAUUUUGGAUAUACAUUAUUACCUGCAUAUAACUGUUAUAUCUUUCCACCAAUAAAAAUUAUCAUUUAAUGUGAGUUAUUUUUGUUGUCCCUGCUCUACUCAGUUUUAUUAAAACGAUAUUAUCC